AUGCCACCCAAGACGAAGAAGACGAAGCUCGCCGAACGUCGUGCUGCUGCCACGGCCGGUGCAAUUGGGAAAGAUGGGGCUGGCAAUAACAAGAACGGAGACGUCUUCCACUUUGUGACCGUGAAUCCCAUAUCAGAAGACCAGAAGCUGGAGAACAGGACGUUGAUCCGUUCACAUGCCAGUAAGUAUAUAUGGAGGCAGCAUCGAGCUGUGCGAGCUGAAAAUACUGGAUCAGGAGGGCUGCCUACCAACGUUAGUAUGGGUGGAAAUGGAAACAGCUCCGGGUUAGCAGUUCGUCAGUAUUCCGCUGCUGAUGCUGGCAGGACGGUGGCAGCGUCUCGACGUCGUGGACAGACAUUCAAGACAUGGUCCGCGGGCGUUAAGGAGGAGACUCCGCCGAGCAAUACUAAUACUCGAAUGGCAAUGGGCAUGAGUGUGCAUAGAGUUGUUGACAUGAAUGACAGUGUGCCCAGCAUCGAGCCGGCUGUCGUAAACGGGAACCGGAACGAUAUACAGACCAAUGUUGAUACAGGCUGUGACGACCAAGGCGAGAUAGAGGCAGACGCAGACGGAGAUACGGAAGAAAUACCACGAGACAAUAACAAUAUCCAGGCCAAUGACAGUGUUGUUGUUGCCGACGAAGAGAGUAGCGACUCUGAAGGCUCUCCUCCGCCUACUGGCUGUCGUGCUAUAGCACCACACAUAAGGGCCCCAGCUUCUAGUGUGGGCAGUAACAACGUCAACCGCCCAUUCAACCAACUUAUACACUGGCUUGAGAACCCUGGCCAGAUAUGUCCUUCUAUACUAGACGAGGGAGCUAUAGGCAGGCUCAUGCGUUACGCUGCCUUUGAUCUCUGGCCUGGCCUUGUCUUGGGCGCAGAGGGUCAGCGCUGGGGCCGCGAAGCUGCAGCCGGUGUGUGGCUACCUCGGGCAAUGGCGAAUCCAGCACUGUUCACUGCUUUCCUGUAUGGAGCAGCCGGGCACAUGCAAACCCGCCGCCGGCUGGAUAGCGCGCAGGUUUCCCCUCAGACCAGAGGCGAGAAGAUGGAGCAAAUCGUCUGUGAGACCGAGACAAUCAAGCAGCUAAACAAGAUGAUGAAGGACCCUGCCCAGGCGUUUUCUGACGAAGUUGUUCUCGCUGUUUUGUGCAUGGCGUUCAACCGGAUAGAUUACUCUGGCUGGAAGCCCUCUGACCCAUCUCCGAAAGCACCCCUUAGGAACCUGCAGUGGCUGGAUGUAUAUGGCGGGCUGUCAUUGAAUGACCAUCAUGUUAAGGGGCUAAUGGCUAUUAUUGAGACGAGGGGAGGGCUCAAGUCGAUAAAGAUGCCUGGUCUGGCCGAGACUUUAUCUACAUCCGGAGUGAUGCUGUCAACGAAAUACCUGGCCAAACCCCGUCUACCCUUUGUACCUAUCUUCAAGGAGACAGCCGUGGGUCAGACACCGAACUGGCCAACGCUGAACCCGACAACUGGCACCAAUAGCUCAGACUACUCUGGAGGCUCCUCAGGCGAGCCGUCUUCAACAAUGACCACAACCCUACACUACCUCCUCAGCACUCGUCCAAUGCACAACUCCAUACCUACCAAUCCCCUCUCUCCGAUCCCACCCAACCUACAAGUCAUCCUGCAGAACAUGCGAGAAUACAAUAUCGUCGUUGACCUCCAGACCCAGGGCUUGCUACCGAAUCUGGAACUGUCUGUUAUUGCCGACCGCCGCAACUUUAUCCAAUACAAUCUGGUCUCUCUACCUGCUUCCUACGAGUUUCCGGACAGCUACAACGCCAUAUACCGCCUGUAUGAACCCUGUCGUCUCGCGGCAAUGGUUUACAGCAUGCUAGUUAUAUUCCCAUUACCUGCAGCCAACCGGCCGUUCAAGCAGCUGGUAACACAGCUUAUUACAGCCCUGAUCACCGUAGACGGCGAUGAGGGAAGCGGCUGGGCGGCUGAAUCCGGCCAGUGGCCGUGGGAGUACGAACGAGAAGGCAGCCAGGACCUGACCCCCGAGGAAGAGGAGCGGGUGUCGUGCCUAUACCUGUGGAUCAUCGUGAUGGGCGGAAUAGCGUCUCGAGGCAUGGGGGAGAACAGCGAAUGGUUUGCUGCCCGGUUCGAGCAGACGCUGCAGAUGAAGGGGAUGUCGACGUGGGAAGAGGUGAAGCAGUGCCUGACCUCGAUAAUGUGGAUGGACAGCGUCUGUGACUAUGGCGGACUGGCCUUUUGGAGAGAGACUCGAGACGGCUUCUAG